AUGAUUACCAUACACCUUCUCGGGAUCCUCUUCUUGGGGUCCAUAGUAUGGUAUCUCAUGAGACUUCUAAAACUAGCAAAACUACCUCCACUCCCUCCUGGACCAAAGCCGCUUCCUUUGAUAGGAAAUGUUCUCGAUAUGCCGCCUGAGGGGUGCAAAGAGUGGUUACAUUGGUUUAAACACAAGGAGGAAUAUGGUCCCAUCAGCUCCGUUACAGCAGCUGGAAACACACUUAUCAUCCUGAAUGAAGCCGAAAUCGCAUUCGAUAUUCUUGAGAAAAGAGCAUCGCAAUACUCUGCGCGACCAAAGAUGGUUAUGGGCCCUGAGUUAGGAGGUUGGAACCGCGUGGUGUCUCUGAAAAGCAACCCUCUGGAAGUUCGAGCCCAUCGAAAGCGCAUCAACCACCAUAUCGGUUCGACCCAGGCGUUGGCCUCCUUCUAUCCUCAGCAAGAUAUCCAGAUCAAUCAGUUCUUAUCAAACGUGGUUUCUAAUCCCAGUGAUGUUUGGUUUGUUAACCAGACGAACAGCGUCGUCGGGGCAAACAUUUUGAAGAUCACCUAUGGAUACACAGUGGAGCCCGAAAAUCACGACUGUCUAGUUGAGCUCGCAGAAGAAGUUGGAGAAAGGUUCAAUAUUGCAUGUCAGCCGGGGCUUUGGCUCGUUGAUAGCUUCCCUUUCUUGAAACACGUCCCAAAGUGGUUCCCAGGAGCCGGUUUUAAACGCAGAGCCGCGGAAUACCGCAAGUUGUUAACCGCACUAGGAGAGAAGCCAUAUGCGUUUGUACGGCAUCAAAUGGCAUCUGGCACCCAUGUACCAUCUUUCGUUUCGAAACAGAUUGAACAAGCAGGGGGGUCAAUGACUCCGCUGCAGGAGCACGAGAUUAUCUGGGCUGCUGGUGUGCUGUAUGGCGCUGGUGCGGACACGACUGUAUCUGCACUUUCAGCUUUCUACCUGGCAAUGGCUUUGCAUCCCGAUGUUCAGAGCAAAGCUCAAGCCGAGCUUGACCAAGUCGUGGGAUGUAGGAUGGCCGUGCCGGAAGACAGAAAGGACUUGGUCUACAUAGAAGCUGUGAUCAAGGAGGUCCUACGCUGGAACCCUGUGGCGCCCCUUGGUGUCCCACACACCACCACAGAAGAUGAUUUCUAUGAAGGUUAUCGGAUUCCCGAAGGCGCUACCGUGAUACCCAACAUCUGGGCAUUCAUGCACGAUCCUAAGAUAUAUCCCGAUUCAAUGGCGUUCAAACCUGAACGGUUCCUCCAGACUGACGAUCAUAUGCCCGAGCUCGAUCCGCGUAAGAUAGCUUUCGGAUUCGGUCGACGGACCUGUCCUGGUCGCUUUCUAGCUGACUCGAAUCUUUUCCUGGCAGUCGCAAGGUCACUGACUCUCUUCGACAUCCGCAAGCCAGUUGUGAACGGACAGGUAAUUGAGCCAGCAGAUGACUUCCAGCCGGGAAUCGUCAGCCAGCCCGCUCCCUUUAAACUUGAUAUUCGACCUCGUUCGGCGGAGCAUGAGUCGCUACUUGCGUCGCAUUCAGGGCAGGUGAAGUCCGAGGGUCAUUCGGCGUUGUUGGAUAAGAUUUGGAGCUCCGCUGCGCAACUCGUUCCGGCUACCGCGGAUCAGACGAAAUCCGUCAUUCAGUUUAUGCGGACACCACAACAUAUCAUGCCUAGCCAGAAUUAUGAGAUAUCGGAAACGUGGAGGAUCAUCUUCCGCUGUGUACCGGGACUUCUAUUUCUCGUGCGCAUUCUGAUGUUUCUCUACAUGGAAUCUGGUUUCCUUCAGUUUGGCAAAGGGAAAGCGGGGUCGUUGUCUCGGAAGAAUUCAGCACAAUUGAGCGCGAAUCAUGUGCGGAACACAGCACCUGAGAAAUAUUGGGAUCUACUGACGCCGAAGUUCGAGUUUGGAUGCAAGAGACGAGUGUUCGGCCAUUGGUAUCUCGAAUCUCUCAACAAAGAUAAUAUCCGUCUCACCGACGACCACAUCGCUAGCAUCAAGGAACAAUUUAUCUUGACUAAAUCCGGAGAUGAGAUCUACGCACACGCCAUUCACUGGGAGGAAUACGGCUCCAAAGCCGCGUUCCAAUCCAUCGCCAUGAACGACUUUCCGAACAUCUUUACCCUGAUCGGCCCGAAUUCCGGGCGUGCGCAUACAUCGAAUUUGCUGUCUAUUGAAAGGGUUUAUACUUAUUUGAUUCUCUCGGCGAUUGAGCCCGUUAUUCGGGGUUCUGCUCGAUCAGUUGAGGUCAAGGAAUCUAGUGAACGACAGUUCAAUCAUGAUGUUCAUUCGGCGUUGGAGCAGACGAUUCAGAACACGGCGUGCUCGAGUAGUGGGUCCUUCAAGCGUCUACCGACUAGUCUUUUCCUACAUCGGUUUCACCUGGCACGCUCCAGUGUCAGGCCCUCUUUUGAUUAUCUACUUCUGUGGGCCCUGUCCGGGUGUCUCCGUCUCGGUGGAGUCUCGUCCUGUGUCAAAUGGAUCGCCGCCCUGACGACCAUUGCUCUGCUUUCUUCUCCGCUUCUUCUAGUUGGAUAUCUGCUGUUGGCGUCUUUGUAUCCGCGCAGGCUCACCUCCGUCUCAGACACUUCUGUGUCUGUGGUGGGCAAACCGCUUCUCUUCCCUCUCACCUUGACGCAUAAUCGUCUGUCUCCGAUCUGGAACCGCUUCAGUCACAGCGUGUUGAUGGUCGGCGUACCCGUGGGCCUGAAAUGCCAGAUCGGGAAGUUGUUGUCUAUCGAUGCGGAGGAGACAUUGCCCAGUUGGUUCACGUUUGACUCGAAGCGGUAUCUGCAUCGGGGAGAUGAACACCUUGGACUCAGAGAGAAGUUGGAUGUGUUUUUGCGAGACCAGAACGAGGAUUCAUCGCAAUGGCCGUACGCUUAUCUCCUCAGCGUCCCGCGAUUUCUCUGGUGGGAACGCAGCGUCGUCACCUGGUGGUUCCUGUACUCCGAGAACAAGGAACUCGACGCCGUGAUCAUGGAGAUCAACAACUCAUUUGACGAGAAACGCAACGUCCUCUUCAAAGUCCGAUGCACGGACGCGGACGCCAAAGCCCUCGAAGACUCGCUGGACACCGACGCCCUGAAAUCAGAGUAUCUUGACAUGAAACGCACCGUGGAAUCCUUGAGGACUUAUCCCAGCUCCGUCUACUAUAAAGGCAUCUGGGAGAAACACAUCUACAGUUCCCCGUUUGAGAAACUUGGCGGGUGGAUCAGCGAGCGAUUUAUGGAUCCGACGACCCCGGCGGCAUGGCAUAAGAUGCGCUCUAUGUCUAAUACGACGACUCUUUCUACUACCACCGGGCAGCCGAAGAUGAUGACUAGAUUGUCAUGUAGAAGUCCCCCGGUGGAUCCGAUGCAGGCGUCUUGGUGGACAGUUGCGAAGUUGCUGUUCUCGUGGACUUUGCCAGUGACGUUGACUACGCCGCGGAUCCUUUAUCAGGCGCUGAGAAUCGAGUAUUUAGGGUGGAUGCGCAUGCUAUAUAAGCCGCAUAUUCAAUCGGGGAGUGAGUCACGACGGGCUACAAAGGGUGAAUGUGGCCUGGAAUCUUUCUUCCGCCAAUACCUCUCCCAUUGCGUUUCGUCGCAUUCACUUCCCUUAGAAAUAAAAUACCUCCCAUCAAAAGCGAUAUCUCGCGAGGAGGUAGUGAUGUGUUCGCCCGCUUGUUCGCACGAAAGCUCUAUCAAAUCAUUGACCAUCGAGGUCCUCGACCCCGGCUUCUACACGAGAGUGCUUCAACACAAGGACCCUGUUCAAGGCCUGGACAUUGAAGCCACAGCUGGCGGACUGGAAGCGGAUGAGCAAGCAGCUUCUUUGAAUGUGUCAGACAUUAUUCUACUCAAAAUACUGGUCCAGUCGAGUCCAUCAUAUCCAGCCAUUACCCCCGAGACCAAAACAUUGUCAAGCAGAUCAUCAAAGAAGGAACCAGUCUUCAUGGACCGGUUUGUGAAGGGGUACUUGUCGUCGUCUUCGCAGUGGGAUUACAGAUCUCUCAAGCUACGCCUCUUCGCUGAGAAGAUGUCUUUUGGGGAGCCUGCGUUGCUGCAGCUCUACAAGUAUGCAGGCGGCAUUGCGUGGAGAAUGGGCGUGACGGAGCUGCUGGGCAGGUUUGUAGGUCUUCCUUAUGAGGCUGCUUAUUUGGGUGUUUUCCAUGCGGGCGUUGCGUGUCUUUUCUAA